CCACACCUGAGUUCCAGCUGGAUUGCUCUACUUUUUGCUUUCAUACUUAAACACUAACGCCAAUCAUGGACUCCCCACAAUCCCCCCAGACAAAGAACGACUUUCAGCGAUGUCCGCCUCUACUUCUUCAACCCAAAUUAUUGCCCAACCCCAGCCAGCGGCUUCCAUAAAUCCGACAGAUAGUUUCUUCGGAUACACCUUCUCAUCUUCUGUAUCGGACUCUAGACACGACACAAGAAUAUCAUCCCCCGAUAUUGACUUGGAACUCGGGUUGCGCUGUGUAUCCUCACCCGAUGUUGCACCACCUCCCUACGUCGAACCACCUGAAUACACAAAAUCAUCAGAGACAGUCACCCUCGCCAAGUAUCUCUUCAAAUUUGGGUUCCUGUUCCCUCCAUUCUGGAUAAUGGGCGCACUCAUCAUCCUCACCCCGCUACGUGCACCCGAUGCAGAUAUCGACGACCCAACCUCUCCACACGCAUGGCUUCCAGAGAAAACAGAAGCUGAACGCGCUACCAUCCUAUCACACCUUCGAAAAGCAGAACUCAAAUGGGCAUGGAGAUGCCUUUUCGCGCUCUUGAUCCUCGUAGUCCUUGUUGCUAUUGCAGGAGUCGCUAUAUGGGCUGUCUUGAGAGCAUGACGGAAAUCCAGAAUGCCUUUUUACACCUUUGACGGCUGCCCCAGUUACUUCGACUACCCAUAUCAUUGUUACAAGCGUUUGCCUAGUGCAGAUGCGCUUCGUUCCCCUUCUUUUCUCGUGUACCAACCACGACACCUUCGUUCCUUCGGCGUUUUACCUUACUAUACUACGAUUGUCAUGAUAAAUACGGAUUCAAGAUGUAUCACUAGACGACUACUGUAUAAUUCGAAUCACUAAUUGUA